AUGUCCGCCAUCACCAAGAUCCACGCCCGUCAGGUUGACCUCUGGACCGAGAAGGGCAAGUUCCGCGCUAUGGUCCCCUCCGGUGCAUCUACCGGUAUCCACGAGGCCGUCGAGCUCCGUGACAAAGCUAAGGAGUUCGGAGGCAAGGGUGUCCUCAAGGCCGUCGAGAACGUCAACAAGAUCAUCGCCCCCGCGCUUGUCGAGUCCCAGCUCCCCGUCACUUCCCAGAAGGAGAUUGACGACCUCAUGAUCAAGCUCGACGGUACUCCCAACAAGGGCAAGCUCGGCGCAAACGCCAUCCUCGCCGUCUCCAUGGCUGCCACCGAGGCCGGUGCCGCUGACAAGGGUCUCCCCCUUUACGCCUACCUCGCCCAGCUUGCUGGUGUCCCCGAGCCCUACGUCCUCCCCUGCCCCGCUUUCAACGUCAUCAACGGCGGUGAACACGCCGGCAACAAGCUCGCCUUCCAGGAGUUCAUGAUUCUCCCCACCGGCGCCAGCUCGUUCUCCGAGGCCAUGCAGAUGGGAACCGAGACUUACCACGUCCUCAAGAAGGUCAUCACCAAGAAGUACGGUCUGGAUGCCGCCAACGUUGGUGACGAGGGUGGUUUCGCUCCCAACGUCCAGGGCGCCGAGGAGUCCCUCGACCUACUCACCGAGGCCAUCAAGCAGGCCGGCUACACUGGCAAGGUCCAGAUCGGUCUCGACGUCGCUUCGUCCGAGUUCUACAAGGACGGCAAGUACGACUUGGACUUCAAGAACCCCGACUCUGACAAGUCCAAGUGGCUCACGGGCGCCGAGCUCGCCAAGGUGUACGAGUCGUACAUUGAGAAGUACGACAUUUGCUCCAUCGAGGACCCCUUCGAGCAGGACGACGUCGAGGCGUGGUCCAACUUCAACACCAGCAACAAAAUUCAGGUUGUCGGUGAUGACUUGACCGUCACCAACCCCGAGCGUAUCAAGAUGGCCAUCGAGAAGAAGGCUUGCAACGCUUUGCUUUUGAAGAUCAACCAGAUCGGUACCAUCACCGAGUCCAUCCAGGCCGUCCAGCUCUCGCAGCAGAACGACUGGGGAAUUAUGACCUCGCACCGAUCCGGCGAGACCGAGUCCACCUACAUUGCCGACCUCGCCGUCGCUCUCCGCACCGGCGAGAUCAAGACUGGUGCCCCGUGCCGAUCCGAGCGUGUUGCCAAGUACAACCAGCUGCUCCGCAUCGAGGAGGAGCUCGGUGACAAGGCCAUCUUCGCCGGCGGCAAGGGUCUCUCCAAGGGUACCACCGCCCCCGAGCUCAAGCUCUAA